CUUAUUAAAUAGAUUUUAAAUGUACAUAUUUAUAUUUUACUAAGAUAUGAAUAGUUACUUAUAACGCUGCAAUUGCGUCUGAGACGAAAAUAGCUGCUAUCCAAUCUGACAGAAAUGGGGGAAGUUGACAGUCUGGUAAAAUGGCUGUCUACCCUUGGCGUUGAGAGUGUGGAGGAGACGCUGUGCAAAUGUGACAACAAUCCCUCGGUGCUGUCGGACGGAAUCAUUCUCGCAGACUGCCUUCAUCAGAUAGCACCUUUCCACUUCGACUCGGAGUUCUUGGCCAAAAUUAAACGAGAAGACCUGGUCGACUACAGGCUGAAAGCGAACAACCUGAAAAAGGUGGUGCAGUUUGUGACGUCAUUCUACCAGGAGGUGCUAUUCCAGGAACUAGAUGACCAACUCCUUCCAGAUGAGACCAGAAUUGCUGCCGAUUGCGACGGCGAAGAGACCUCGAAGCUACUGCGGCUGGUGCUGGGCUGUGCUAUUAACUGCGACCAAAAAGAAGAAUACAUCAGUGGCAUCAUGGCGCUUGAACAGUCCAUACAACAAGACGUCAUGAAUGCCAUACAGAUUCUAAUGUCAGCGACCAAUAUCCACAAAUCGCCUUCUUCCAAGGGGGGACCGGGGGGACGUUCUCUCUCAAAUGGGGGCUUUGAAGACGACACUGAACAGCAACAUAUAAUAGACAGACAGUUGAAAGAAGCGUGGGACGAGGUGCACAGGUUGACGAUGGAAAACGAAGAGUUGUCCCAGAAGUAUCAUGACAUACAGUUAAAGAUGGACUACAUGGGAGAAGAGAAGGAGUUUCUGAUUGGUCAGUUGGAGGCGGCAGGUGUCCCCCACAAGGCCAGUCGCAGUGGAUCAUCAGCAAGCACACACCACCCCGAAGGGAUGCCCUCGGGGGGAGGGAAGAAACAUGACACAUCAUCCACGCUCUCACCCACAACACCCGAUGAGCACCCCAGUCUCGCCGGACUCUCUAGUGUGAAGUACAAGAAACUACAGGAACAGUAUGACGAACUGACUCACGAAAACUAUCGGCUAGAAGCAAUGAAAGACGAUCUAAGAGGGAGGUGUGAGGAACAGGAGCAAGAGAUUCAAGAAAUGCAAGAAAAAAUGUCGGAGAUGUCCGAAUUGGCCAAACAUGCGAGACAGUACAAAGACGAAGUGGAUGAACUGAGAAGUGAAAUCACGAAAACAGCCAAACUGGAGUCGCAAGUGGAUACCCUGAAGAAGAAACUGGAGGAGAUGGGAGACAUGAAGAGACAACUGAAGGUGCUGGAGGAGAAGAACCUCUCAUACAUGCAGAACAACUUCCAACUGGAGGAGGAGACUAGGAAGUUGGCCACUCUGAGACAGCAAGUGGAGAAUUACAGACUGCAGAUGCAGAAACUAGAGCAGCAGUUGAUGCAUGAGAGCAAGAGGGCAGACAGGGCCCACUUCGACCUGGACAAGAAGGCAGAGAAGAUGGAGAUGAUGGAGACAGAAAUGGAGAAACUGCGAGUGGAGAAGCAACAGUUGCGUGAGGAGAUGGACGAAAUGUCUCUGCAUGGAAAUUUGACACCACGCAACGGCGACACCACUGAGUCGGAUGUGAAACAAAAUGACAAGGAACAGUUGUCGCCUGGAAGCCAUGAAAACUCAUUCACAUCUCUGGACUCGCCCCGAGGCACAGACGGAAUGCUGCCUGGGGAAGAGUUCCUGUCACCGCAAAUCAAGGAAAAGAUUUCAAGAUUAACUCACGAGAACAGGACGUUGAAGCGUAGUGUGGGUGAUAACCCAGAUGCGGCGGAGAAGCUGGAGUUGCUGAGGGUGGAUCUGGAGGAUGAGCAGAGGCGCAGGGCAGACAUGGAGAGCGAGAACAGACUGUCGAACAAGAAAGUGAUGGAACUUGAGAGCAGAGUUGAGGAACUGCAGACGUUGUUGAACUCCUCGAACUCUGCCAGCGACUCUUCAUCUCAACAGCUUACCGAACUCAGACACAAACUGCACGAAUACAUGGACAAGACGAGACUGAUAGAGAGCGAGAGUGAGAAGAGGAAGUUGCAGCUGCACUCGAGUGAGACUAAACUGAAGGACAGCGAGGACAAACUAAAGAGUGUGAGGGACUUACUGUCCAAGAAGGAAAACGACAUGCGACUCAUGGAAGAAAGGUAUAAGAAGUAUUUAGAGAAGGCGAAGACUGUGAUGACCGAGUUGGAUCCGAGGAACAGGGCAGGGGUCACUCCCGAGAUACAGACGAUGAAGAAUCAACUAACGGAGAAGGAAAAACAGAUACAACAGCUGGAGAAGGAGCGGGACAAGAGUAAGACUGUGCGAGACCAGGAGGAGAGACUCCUAGUCUCUGCCUGGUACAAUCUCGGCAUACAGCUGCACAGACAAAGCGUUGAUAACCGUCUGGCCAAUUCAGCAGUGGGAGGACAGCACCAACACGGGAACAGCCACUCCUCAUCAUCGGGAAUAAACAACAACAACAACAACUCUCAGAGUUUCCUGAGUAAACACAGAGGCCGCAGUGCAGUAAAUAACACAAACAGUAGCAGUGGUAGACCCCCAAUGAUGAGUUAUGUGUCGGCCAAUGCAGCCCCAAUGACUCACGGCAAUUUGAACAGUUUCCAGACCAAUUCAAGCUAUGUGACGGAGCAACAAUGGAUUCAAGCGCAGCAAAUGUUGCCUAAUUCCAGUCAUGACACGACUCCAAAUGACGCCUCUAACCACCCAUUCGCCAACCAAUCAGAUCAUUUCCACAGCAACGCCGCAGAGUUUGUUCACAUGGGCGGCCAGUCGGCAGCAGGUCAGAACGCAGUGGCUUCCCAUGGACAAAUCGACCCCUCGAUUUACCCGCAGUUCUACAUGCAGUUCGAGAAUUCCCAAGGAGGAUUCGACAGUUCCCGACCUUCUUCCGUACCCUACCCUUCCUGGUCAUCAGAAAACAACUCGGUAUCAAUGGGUUCCUCUUACGAAGCAACUACGGGAAUGUUCUUUGGUCCAAACUCAAACAGCGACUACACCAACCCGAGCUACUACAGCGAAAAGCAAUCGACUCCUAAUUUUUUGAACAACGAUAUCGACUUUCCGACACUGACGAGGAAAAAUCAGAACUCGGGUAAGAGUAAGGGCACUAAUUCGAAUCGUAACAGUUUCAAUUUGAGGAGGGACGACAAUACUGCCUCGCCUGUAAACAGCGAUCCUUACAACAACAGCAACAAUGUGAAGUCUUCAUCGCCCAUUCCGCCCCACAAAAGAAGACCCGCCAGUUUUGCAAACGUGACCAAAAACACUGAGAGAUGAAACUGACCUUGAGUGUUGGUGUUAGGUGCUUUCUAUACGAGUUCUGGUUCUAUGUUGAUUGGGCUUAGUUGGUACCAGUAUCUUUUCUACCUACUGUAAUGAGGUCUUCGUCUACUUACGAUAAAGAUUUUUGUUAGAAUACAAUGUCAUGAAUUUUCCGGGGUAUUGUAGGUUCUUGCGAUAUGUUUUUCGUAAUAUUAGUUCAAAGUAACGCCACGAGCGCUGUUGCUUGAAUAUCUUUCUGGAUAUUUUGGUCCAAAUUUAGGAUUCAAUCUAGCCUCUUGUCCUAAUCAGAUACUGAUACAAUGUACAGCUGGCGUACAAUGUUUCGAAGUUAAUCUAAAUAAAUUUGAAACCUAUUUUUUGCAUACUCAGCUGCUCGAUUAUACAUUUGAAACCUAGUUUCAAACAUUCUCAUCAUUUAGAAACCAUUUUGACGUAACUUUAGAUCCACUAAUGAUUCAGCCUUCAAAUCUCGUGCUCAUUCAAAUUUCAACGUCACUGAAAUUUAUAGUUGUAAAAACCUUACUUUUUCUUUAAAAUUGAGUUGAUAUACAUAUUAAUAUCCAGACUUAGAUAUCUGAUUCAGGAUAGCAAGAUUGUGCAUACUUGAACUUAACGUCUUAUAUAUGGCAAUUUACUUCAUAGUUUAGGUGCUUCCCUUUUAAGAUCAUUAAAUUCGCUCUUCAAAAAGCCGGGCCUGGCUCCUGUUUGUUUGCUCAGAAUCAUGUUUUUGCACGAAUAUUCGAAAUUGCGCAAGUUAAUGUUUAUUUCUGUUUAUGGUUAAUUGGGCUUAUUUAGACGUUUGCAAAUGUUGUUGUUGAAACCAUUUGCUAGUUAGUUUUUUUCGUUGCUUCAUUUCAUCAUUAUACUUUCACUGGUUUUGACUUCUUCGUAACUCUUCCAUUUGUUCAUUAAAAGGGUGCAAUUAUUCAAACGCUUGAUUUUGUUUACUUUAAUAACCAAACGGACUGAUGUAAUAUGGUGUUUAAAUUUAACAGCACGAGUAAUUCAAAAUUAUCACAGA